CCCCGCCCCGCACGGCCAGGCGAAGCAGAGCCGGCCGUGCGGUGUGCGUGUGUGUAUGUGUUCUCGGGGCGCCGUCUCAGCCCCUGGAAGAUGGUGGCGGCGGCGGCGGCGGCGGCGGCGGCCACUGAGACGAGGCUGAGGAGCAGGAGGACGGCGGCGGCGACAGCCCCCGCGGGCCGGAACGGCGGGCGGCGCCGGGGCUGGGACGCACUGGGGGCUCAGAGGCCGGGGUCGGGGGCCGGGCUGCGCCUCCUGCGGCGGCUGCUGUUCCCUGCGCUGCCUGUGCUGCUGCUGCCUUGGGCGGUCGAGGCCGCGGCGGUGCUGUCGGGCUCAGCCGCAGCCGAGGCCAAGGAAUGUGACCGGCCCUGUGUCAACGGCGGCCGCUGCAACCCUGUCACCGGCCAGUGCGUCUGCCCCAUCGGCUGGGUGGGCGAGCAGUGCCAGCACUGCGGGGGCCGGUUCAGACUAACUGGAUCUUCUGGGUUUAUAACAGAUGGACCUGGAAAUUAUAAAUACAAAACAAAGUGUACAUGGCUCAUUGAAGGACUGCCAAAUAAGAUAAUGAGACUACGUUUCAAUCAUUUUGCUACAGAGUGUAGUUGGGACCAUUUAUAUAUUUAUGAUGGGGAUUCAAUUUAUGCACCACUGAUUGCUGCUUUUAGCGGCCUCAUUGUUCCUGAGAGAGACAGCAACGAAACUGUACCCGAAGUUGUUGCCACAUCAGGCUAUGCCCUGCUGCAUUUUUUUAGUGAUGCUGCUUAUAAUCUUACUGGAUUUAAUAUUACAUACAAUUUUGACACAUGUCCAAAUAAUUGCUCAGGCCGAGGAGAAUGUAAAAUCAACAGUAGCGCCAAAACUGUUCACUGUGAAUGUUCUGAAAACUGGAAAGGUGAAGCAUGUGACAUUCCAUACUGUAUAAAUAACUGUGGUUUUCCUGAUCGAGGCAUCUGCAAUUCAAGUGUUAUCAGAGAAUGCUCCUGUGCCCCACAGUGGCAGGGUCCUGGAUGUUCAAUUCCUGUACCAGCUAACAGGUCAUUUUGGACUCGAGAGGAAUAUUCUGAUCUAAAACUUGCCAGAGCCUCUCACAAAGCUGUGGUCAAUGGAAAUAUAAUGUGGGUUGUUGGAGGAUAUAUGUUCAACCACUCAGAUUACGACAUGGUGGUUGCGUAUGACCUUGCUUCUAAGGAGUGGCUUAAACUGAACCAUUCUGCCAACAGUGUGGUAGUUAGAUAUGGUCAUUCUCUAGCAGCACACAAGGAUAAACUUUACAUGUAUGGAGGAAAAAUUGAUUCAACAGGGAAUGUAACCAAUGAAUUGAGAGUGUUUCAUAUUCAUAAUGAGUCAUGGACAUUACUGACGCCUAAAGCAAAGGAACAGUAUGCAGUGGUUGGACACUCUGCACAUAUUGUCACAUUGAAAACUGGCCGAGUGGUCAUGCUAGUCGUCUUUGGUCAUUGUCCUCUCUAUGGAUAUAUAAGCAGUGUACAGGAAUAUGACUUGGAAAAGAACACAUGGACUAUAUUACCCACUCAAGGUGCCCUUGUCCAAGGGGGUUAUGGCCAUAGCACUGAUUAUGACUACAAGACCAAAGCCAUAUAUGUUCAUGGAGGCUACAAGGCUUUCACCGCCAAUAAAUACCGACUUGCAGAUGAUCUCUACAGAUAUGAUGUGAAUACCCAGAAGUGGACCAUUCUUAAGGACAGCCGAUUUUUCCGUUACUUGCAUACAGCUGUGAUAGUGAGUGGAACCAUGUUGGUGUUUGGAGGAAACACACACAAUGACACAUCCAUGAGCCAUGGUGCCAAAUGCUUCUCUUCAGAUUUUAUGGCUUAUGAUAUUGCUUGUGACCGAUGGUCAGUGCUUCCUAGACCUAAUCUCCACCAUGAUGUCAACAGAUUUGGCCAGUCAGCUGUCGUAUACAACAGCAACAUGUAUUUAUUUGGUGGUUUCAAUAGUCUCCUCCUUAGCGACAUCCUGGUCUUCACAUUAGAAAAGUGUGAAUCACAUCAGAAUGAAGCUACUUGUCUAGCAGCAGGACCUGAUAUUCGGUGUGUGUGGGACACAGAGUCAUCUCAGUGUAUCUCUUGGGAGUUGGCAACUGAAACACAAGAAGAAAAGUCAAAAUCAGAAUGUUUAUCCAAAGGACCUAUAGAACGUGACAGAUGUGAGCAGCACACAGAUUGCUACAGCUGUACAUCGAACAGUAAUGACUGCCACUGGUGUAGUGACCAUUGUGUCCCUAUGAACCACAGCUGCACAGAAGGCCAGAUCUCUGUUACCAAUUUUGAGAAUUGCCCCAAGGAUAGCCCCAUGUACUACUGUAACAAGAAGACCAGCUGCAGGAGUUGCGCGUUAGACCAGAACUGCCAGUGGGAGCCCCGCAAUCAGGAGUGCAUCGCCUUGCCUGAAAAUAUCUGUGGCAUUGGCUGGCAUUUGGUUGGAAACUCAUGUUUGAAAAUUACUACUGCCAAGGAGAACUAUGACAAUGCUAAAUUAUCCUGUAGGAACCACAAUGCCUUUUUGGCUUCUCUUACAACCCAGAAGAAGGUAGACUUUGUUCUUAAGCAGCUUCGAUCAAUGCAGUCAUCGCAGAGCCUGUCCAAGCUCACCUUAACCCCAUGGGUUGGUCUUCGGAAGAUCAAUGUGUCCUACUGGUGCUGGGAAGAUAUGUCACCAUUUACAAAUAGUUUGCUGCAGUGGAUGCCAUUGGAGCCCAGUGAUGCUGGAUUCUGUGGAAUCUUAUCAGAACCCAGUUCUCGGGGCCUAAAGGCUGCAACAUGCAUCAACCCACUCAAUGGCAGUGUCUGUGAAAGGCCUGCAAACCACAGUGCCAAGCAGUGCCGGACACCAUGUGCCCUAAGGACUGCUUGUGGAGAGUGCACCAGCGGCAGCUCUGAGUGCAUGUGGUGCAGCAACAUGGGGCAGUGUGUGGAUUCCAAUGCUUACGUGGCUUCCUUCCCUUUCGGCCAGUGUAUGGAGUGGUAUACCAUGAGCACCUGUCCCCCUGAAAAUUGUUCAGGCUAUUGUACCUGCCAUCUCUGUUUGGAGCAGCCAGGCUGUGGCUGGUGUACUGAUCCCAGCAACACUGGCAAAGGGAAAUGCAUAGAGGGAUCCUUUAAAGGGCCCAUGAAGAUUCCUACUCACUCCCCAACAGGAAAUUACUAUCCACAGCCCCAUGUCAAUUCCAGCAUGUGUCUGGAGGACAACAAAUACAACUGGUCUUUCAUUCAAUGUCCAGCUUGCCAGUGUAAUGGCCACAGCAAAUGCAUCAAUCAGAGUAUCUGUGAGAAGUGUGAGAACCUGACCACAGGAAGACACUGUGAGACCUGCGUAUCUGGUUUCCAUGGUGAUCCCACCAAUGGAGGAAAAUGUCAGCCAUGUAAGUGCAAUGGGCAUGCAUCACUGUGUAAUACCAACUCGGGCAAGUGCUUCUGCACCACCAAGGGUGUCAAGGGGGACGAGUGCCAGCUAUGUGAGGUAGAAAAUCGAUACCAGGGAAACCCUCUCAAAGGAACGUGUUAUUAUACUCUUCUUAUUGACUAUCAGUUUACUUUUAGCCUGUCCCAGGAAGAUGAUCGCUAUUAUACAGCUAUCAAUUUUGUGGCUACACCUGAUGAACAAAACAGGGAUUUGGACAUGUUCAUCAAUGCCUCCAAAAACUUCAACCUUAACAUCACUUGGGCUGCCAGUUUUUCAGCUGGAACCCAGGCUGGAGAAGAAAUGCCUGUUGUUUCAAAAACCAACAUUAAGGAAUACAAAGAUAGCUUCUCUAAUGAGAAAUUUGAUUUUCGCAACCACCCAAAUAUCACUUUCUUUGUUUAUGUCAGUAAUUUCACCUGGCCCAUUAAAAUUCAGAUCGCCUUCUCCCAGCAUAGCAAUUUUAUGGACCUGGUACAGUUCUUCGUGACUUUCUUCAGUUGUUUCCUCUCUUUGCUCCUGGUGGCUGCUGUGGUUUGGAAGAUCAAACAAAGUUGUUGGGCUUCCAGGCGUAGAGAGCAACUUCUUCGAGAGAUGCAGCAGAUGGCCAGUCGUCCCUUCGCCUCGGUAAAUGUUGCCUUGGAAACAGAUGAAGAGCCUCCUGAUCUUAUUGGGGGGAGUAUAAAGACUGUUCCCAAACCAAUUGCUCUAGAGCCUUGUUUUGGCAACAAAGCUGCUGUCCUCUCUGUGUUUGUGAGGCUCCCUCGAGGCCUCGGUGGAAUCCCUCCUCCUGGGCAGUCAGGUCUUGCAGUGGCCAGCGCUUUGGUGGACAUUUCUCAGCAGAUGCCAAUAGUGUACAAAGAGAAGUCAGGAGCAAUGAGAAACCGGAAGCAACAGCCCCCUGCGCAGCCUGGGACCUGCAUUUGAUGCCAGGCCUGGACUCUCUCCGUGAGCGAGUGCGGCAGACUGGAGCUGUCUGCAGGGGAGGGAGCAGGCAGGGAAUGUGUUGCUGAGAAAAGACUGGAAACCCUUGAAACACCCAAGUCAUCUGCAUGUUCACAAGCUUUCUUUGAUGGUUUCUCCCAUCUAUGCUCCCACAUUCUAACU